AACAGUUAGUUGGCUAGCGUGUCAGUUAGUCAGCUAUAUCCAACAUUUAAAAAAACAUAUUUUUGAAAUUAUUUGUAGCCUUAAAGUUUGUGUUGAAGGUGAGCUGUAGUUUCGUUUUUGCCUGCCAAUAACCUUUUAAUUCUUUGUUUUGCUGCUGCGCCUUGCUUAAAGUUGUAUGUAACGUCAGCUAGCUAACAACUUGCUAGCUGUUAACUGUUUGACCGUCCCUGUUUGUAAGACCUGUUGAAAUGGAUGACCAUGAUUCUUUGGGUAGUAUGGACAGCUUACUUCUCCAGCUAGCUCUGCAAACCAGGGAGAUAUCUCAGAAGAGGGAUCAGAUCAAUCAACAGAUUCAAAUCGGCAAAGCCAAUGUUGCUGAGAAGAAAUCCUACAUCAAAGGGAUCCAGAGAAACAUCAGGAAGCUUGAGGAAGAAUGUCAUCAUAAGCAGAACAUUGUGAAGCAUCUCAAAGGCAAUACGAAAAGUCUAAAGGGGGCUAACAGCCUCCUGUUGCAGUAUGAGAAGACACUGCAGGCUGAACUGAAGAGGAGACGAGACAACUGCAAUCAAGACAUGAAAGUGUACCAGGAGAGAAUAGAGCGCUACAGGAAGGUUUUCCAGAAGCACAAAGAGAGUUACUGGCAGAAUCCUCUGGCCAAGCAGCUGCUGAUGAUCCAGUCAGAAAAAGAAGAGCUUGAAAGCAGGAUUAAAGCUUGUGAGGACCAGAUAACAGCCAAAGAGAAAGCUCUGCAGGAUCUACGAGGUCAAACAUUGUCCAUCGAGAACCCAUUGGAAAGCAUCUCUGGUCUACUGACGGCAGCAGAGUCUCACAGACAGUCAGCGUCUCAGGCUGAGGAUGACCAUCAGUCUCCACUAGACAUCUCCUCCCUCCAUCUCUCCCAGGAUGGCCAUGAGAAACAAGGAGAGGGAAUUGAAGAGCAUCUAGAGAAGACCUUUGCUCACCCUCCAUCACAAGGAGACACACACUGUGACAUGUGGUCAUACCCAGAGGCAAUGGGUAGGAUCUUCAAUGAUGAAAUGCACGCUUCAGACCAGGAGGAGGGGAGUGUACUAGAGGAACAGCUGGAGUGUCUGAACACCUCCAAUACAGUAGAGAUGGAGGAGGUGAAGGAGGUGAAGGAGGUGAAGGAGAGAGGGACUGAGGGAGGAGAGGAACAGCCUACAUCCUUCAUUACUGAGGAAGAGGAGAAUGAAGGAAUGGGAGCUGCAUUCUCUCCUCAGACUCCUGCUAGAAUGAAAGCUGUGUCCAGCACCCCAACCUUCUCACUGAAUCACCCAGACGGCUCCACUGUGAAAUCCCCAGCCUUCCUGUUCUCCAUGAGCUCAGCUCCUAGUCCCCUAGACUUCUCUGGCUUCGACUGUGGCUUUGAACUGGGCUCAGCCCAGGAGGAGGAGCCUCCUUUCCCCUUCACCAGCUCAUAUUUCAGCAGUGAAAAGAAACCGUCUGGAUCCAAAUCGCCACCAGGCUUCCUGUUUGCCCGGCCAGAGUCGGAGAAGUCAGAAGAUGGAUUUGAGUUCCCCUUCAGCUCUAAGAGUCCUGGUCAGCCGUCAGCCAGCAGAGAGAAGGGACCAGGGGCUGGGGACUCCUUCCCUUUCUCCUUUAACUUCUAGCAAAUCUUACUGUGAAGCUUAGUGUAUGCUUCAAAUGGCACCCUAUUCCCUGUAUAAUGCACUACUUUUGCCCAGGGCCAUGUAGUACACUACAUGGGGGAUAGGAGGCUAUUUGGGACGCAUCCUGAGAUUCUUCCACGGCUAGUUACUGUACAUGAGUUAAUUUCCUGUUUUGGUUAUUUAUAGAAAUAUGCAGAACAAUAUGUGGAAGUGUAAUUCCAUAUCAGCACUGACCUGGAGGGACUCCAACGUAACGCUUUGUUCUCUAUGAUGUGUUGUUGUUAUGACUGUAGGUAUGUUUUAUUGGUUGUUAAUAUUUACUCUAGUAAUCAGUUCAAUCAACUGGUUUAUGGAAAUUACUACUCAUAAGAUAAAGUACCAUCUAGACUUAAACUUCGCUGUUUGUUCAUACAUAAAUUAUAUAAUUAUUUAAAACUCAAUUGUAUUUAUAUUUAACAAAACAAAAUCAGAUAAUCUGUGUAGAACUCUUGAAUGUUUUUAUUUGACAUUGUUGCCUAUUGCCAUCUGUAUCAAAAUGAAUCAUAAUGAUAUUAAUUCACAUUUCUAAUUUGGGGACUGUCACAGACUUGCUGAAGCAACAAAUAUACAAGAACACUACCAGAAUGGUAAUGGCUCAUGUUCAGUGUUCUGAUUAUACUGUGGGCUCAUGUUCAGUGUUCUGAUUAUACUGUGGGCUCAUGUUCAGUGUUCUGAUUAUACUGUGGGCUCAUGUUCAGUGUUCUGAUUAUACUGUGGGCUCAUGUUCAGUGUUCUGAUUAUACUGUGGGCUCAUGUUCAGUGUUCUGAUUAUACUGUGGGCUCAUGUUCAGUGUUCUGAUUAUACUGUGGGCUCAUGUUCAGUGUUCUGAUUAUACUGUGGGCUCAUGUUCAGUGUUCUGAUUAUACUGUGGGCUCAUGUUCAGUGUUCUGAUUAUACUGUGGGCUCAUGUUCAGUGUUCUGAUUAUACUGUGGGCUCAUGUUCAGUGUUCUGAUUAUACUGUGGGCUCAUGUUCAGUGUUCUGAUUAUACUGUGGGCUCAUGUUCAGUGUUCUGAUUAUACUGUGGGCUCAUAUUCAGUGUUCUGAUUAUGCUGUGGGCUCAUGUUCAGUGUUCUGAUUAUACUGUGGGUGUCAGUCGGUGAUCUGUUCAGGCACACGCAUGACUGAAAAACAGGUCAAAUAAGAUCACAAAACAUAAAUGUGUUGGUCACACAAGAUCA